AUGCUCUCUCUCAUCGCCCUCCUCCCCCUCCUGGCCCUCACCUCCGCCACCCCCCUCCCCCGCUCCGACAAAGACUUCUACCAAGGCGUCAAGCUCAAAAACGAAGUCGGCAACUUCGCCUGGUGCCUCACCCCCUACAACGAGCACUGGCACGACGGUACCAACCUCACUUCCAACUAUUGUUCUGAGGGCGAGCUUUGGGAUAUCCAUAGGGGGAGUGGGAGUAUACUUGUGCAUGGGACGGAGUGGGCUUUGGAUUCGGGUACUGCUAAGGAGGAUGGGGAUUGGUUCAAGAUCUGGACCUCUUACCCGGGUAUCGACGCACAGUCUUGGUACUACACCGACGACAAACACAUUACCGUCUUGGGUGGUACACAGUGCAUCCAGGAGACCAUCAGGGGUCCUCGCUCUUUCGCGUGCAAUGACGACCCUUACCAAGUCUACACCAUCGUCUACCCCGGCGACGAGGAGAGCAAGGAGUGA